AUGUUUCCAAGUGACACAUUCUUACAGUUCUUUCUCAUAUUCCAGUUUUGUCUUGGUGUUAUAGGGAACUCAUCACUGUUAAUAUUGUAUGUAUACACUUUCUUCUUCAAGCCUCAUUUUAAAAAGUUGAUAGAUUCAGUUUUCAUGCACCUGACAAUAGUUAAUAUGUUGACAAUCGCAUUCAGAUUGAUAAAAGAUAUCAUGUUAUCCUUUGGAGUACCAAAUUUUCUGGACGAUAUCGGUUGUAAGACAGUUUUGUUUUCAUUCAGAGUCAGCCGGGGUCUGUCCAUCUGCACCACCUCUGUUCUAAGCACAUUCCAAGUCAUCACCAUCACUCCCAGUAACUCUAAAUUAGCCUCCUGGCUUAAGCCUAGACUCUCUACAUGGACUUUUUCUUCCUUAUUUUGCUCCUGGCUUAUUAACCUAGUCAUCUAUGGGUAUAUGCUUGACAUGGUAAUAGCCAAAACUAAUAAAACUCAUGUUGGCAGUGGAUAUUCAGAUGGUUACUGUCAAAACAAACACUUUGGGAACCAAAAUUCAGGGUCAUUUUUUAGCCUUAUCCUCACUCACGAUCUCUUCUAUGUGGCUGUCAUGGUGUGGGCCAGUCUCUACAUGGUGAUUUUUCUCUACAGACACUACAAGAGAUCCCAGCAUCUCCACAGUCGAAGCAUUUCCUCCCAGUCAUCUCCUGAGCGCAAAGCCACUCAUAAUAUCCUGUCUCUGGUGAGCUUCUUUGUGUUAAUUUAUUGCUUGAACAACUCCAUCACCCUUUAUUGCUUUUAUACAAAAGAAAAAAUUCCAAGAUUGGAGUCAAUUAAUGCAAUUUUAACAGCAUGCUACCCAACCAUCUGUCCUUUUUUCCUCAUGAAGAAUAAUAAAGUUAUUUUGCAAUUAGCUUCUUCAUUUUCGGUACUGAGGAUGACAUGUCUUCAAAGUUCACUCCAUGGCUGA